CUCUUGCCUCUCACUUCUCUAUUUUCACCCCUCCUGGCCUUGGUGGCUUCUUCAAUAUCUGUCUGUGGUGGCUGCAACCCCACAGUCCACACAUCUUCCAGGGGCUUGUUUCUUUCAGUCAUGACUUUUGAAGUUCUUCUGGUAACAGCCCUAGCCUUAUGCCAUGGAUUCAAUAUGGACACCGAGAAUCCCAUAACCUUCCAAGAGGAUGCAAGAGGCUUCGGGCAGAGCGUGGUCCAGCUUGGUGAAUCCCGAGUGGUUGUUGCAGCCCCCCAGGAGUCCAAGGGUGCUAACCAAACAGGUGUCCUCUACCAGUGUGACUACAGCACAAGCAGGUGUGAGCCCAUUUCCCUGAAAGUGCCCCCAGAGGCUGUGAACAUGUCCUUGGGUCUCUCCCUGGCUGCUACAACAGACCGGUCCCAGCUGCUGGCCUGCGGCCCCACUGUGCACCAAAACUGCAAGGAGAACACGUAUGUGAAAGGACUGUGCUUCCUGUUUGGCUCCAACCUGUUGAGGCAGCCCCAGCAGUUCCCAGAGGCUCUCAGAGAAUGUCCUCAGCAGGAGAGUGACAUUGUCUUCUUGAUUGAUGGCUCUGGUAGCAUCCACCCCAGAGACUUUCAGAAGAUGAAGGAGUUUGUCUCAACCGUGAUGGAGCAGUUCACAAAGUCUAAAACUUUGUUCUCUUUGAUGCAGUAUUCUGAUGAAUUCCGGCGUCAUUUCACCUUCAAUGAUUUCAAGAAAAACCCUAACCCAAGAUCACAUGUGAACUCCGUAAGGCAGCUGACUGGAAAGACAAAAACCGCCUCAGGGAUCCAAAAAGUAGUAAGAGAACUGUUUCAGAAAGCUAAUGGGGCCCGAGAGAAUGCUGUGAAGAUCCUAGUUGUCAUCACAGAUGGAGAAAAAUACGGAGAUCCCUUGGACUAUGAGGAUGUCAUCCCCGAGGCAGACAGAGCAGGGGUCAUUCGCUAUGUCAUUGGGGUGGGAAAUGCCUUCACCGAUAGAAAAUCCCGUCAAGAGCUUGAUACCAUUGCGUCUAAGCCUGCUGAUGAUCACGUGUUUCAAGUGAACAACUUUGAAGCUCUGAAGACCAUUCAGAACCAGCUUCAGGAAAAGAUCUUUGCCAUUGAGGGCACUCAGACAGGAAGUUCCAGCUCUUUUGAGCAUGAGAUGUCUCAAGAAGGCUUCAGUGCUACCAUCACCUCUAAUGGUCCCUUGCUUGGCUCUGUGGGGAGCUUUGACUGGGCAGGGGGAGCCUUUCUGUACACAUCAAAGGAUAAAGUCACCUUCAUCAACACAACCAGAGUGAAUUCAGACAUGAAUGAUGCUUACUUGGGUUAUGCUUCUGCGGUCAUCUUGAGGAACCGAGUCCAAAGCUUGGUUUUAGGAGCACCUCGAUACCAGCAUACUGGGCUGGUGGUGAUGUUCAGACAGAAUUUCGGUGCCUGGGAGCCCCACGCUGAUAUCAAAGGCAGCCAGAUUGGCUCCUACUUCGGAGCCUCCCUCUGUUCCGUGGACAUGGAUGGUGAUGGCAGUACCAACCUGAUCCUCAUUGGGUCCCCUCAUUACUAUGCGCAGACCCGAGGAGGCCAGGUGUCAGUGUGUCCCUUGCCUAGAGGGCAGAGGACAAAGUGGCGGUGUGAAGCCACUCUCCAAGGUGAGCAGGGCCAUCCCUGGGGUCGCUUUGGUGCAGCUCUGACCAUGCUGGGAGAUGUGAAUGGGGACAAGCUGACAGACGUGGCCAUCGGGGCCCCAGGAGAGCAGGAGAAUCAGGGUGCUGUCUACAUUUUUCAUGGGGCAUCAACAGUCAGCAUCAGUGCCCUUCACAGCCAGCGGAUCACAGGUGCCAGCUUCGCCCCCAAACUCCAGUACUUCGGUCAGUCUCUGAGUGGGGGCAAGGACCUCACAAUGGACGGCCUGACAGACCUGGCUGUGGGGGCCCAGGGGCACCUCCUGCUGCUCAGAGCCCAGCCCGUGCUAAGACUUGAGGCAACCAUGGAAUUCAUUCCGAACAUUCUAGCAAGGAGUGUGUUUGAGUGUCAAAAUCAAGCAUCAAGAAAUAAGGAUGCUGGGAAUGUCCGAGUCUGCCUCCGUGUCCGCAAGAGCACCAGGGAUCGGCUGCAAGGAGAGACCCAGAGCACUGUCACUUACGACCUGGCUUUAGACCCUGGCCGCACACAUGUCCGAGCCAUCUUUGAUGAGACAAAGAACAAAACACGCAGGAACAUCCAGGUCUUUGGACUGACACAGAAAUGUGAAACCCUGAAGCUACUGUUACCGGGCUGUGUGGAAGACUCACUGAGUCCCAUCAUCCUGCGCCUCAACUACACACUGGUAGGAGAGCCUCUGCAUGCCUCUAGGGACCUCCGGCCAGUUCUGGCGUUAGAUGCCCAGAGGUCCUUCAUAGCAUUGUUUCCCUUUGAGAAGAAUUGUGGCAAUGACAGUAUUUGCCAGGAUGACCUCAGCAUCACAAUGAGUUCUACGGACCUGGACACUUUGGUGGUGGGAGACCCACGGGACUUCAACGUGAGGGUGACUGUGAGAAAUGAUGGUGAAGACUCCUACAGGACCCAGGUUACCGUGUACUACCCAUCUGGCUUGUCUUACCGGAAGGUGUCAGUGAGCCAGAACCGGCUUACCCAGAAGCCUUGGCGCGUGCAGCCUGAGCCCAGCUCUUCCACCGAAGAGCUCAGGGCUCUGAAGAGUACCACCUGGAACAUAAACCACCCCAUCUUUCCUGCUAACUCCGAGGUCACCCUUACUGUCACAUUUGAUGUGGACUCGGAUGCUUCCCUUGGGAGCAAGCUGCUCCUCAAGGCCAAUAUGACCAGUGAGAACAACAUGUCCAGGACCCACAAAACAGAGUUUCAUUUGGAGGUGCCGGUGAAGUAUGCCGUCUACAUGGUUGUCACCAGUGAUGAGAGUUCUACCAAAUAUUUCAAUUUCACGGCUUCAAAGAUGACUAGUCAGGUUAUCCAGCAUCAGUACCAGUUCAACAACCUGGGCCAGAGAAGCGUCCCCAUCAGUGUGAUCUUCUGGGUCCCAGUCCAGCUGAACAAGGUGACCAUAUGGGACCAUCCCCAAGUCAUCUUCUCCCAGAACCUGUCAAGUGUCUGUCACACUGAGCAGAAACCCCCCUCUCACUCCCAGUUCCGGGACGAGCUUGAGAAGACCCCAGUGCUGAACUGCUCUGUAGCAGUCUGUAAGAGAAUCCAGUGUGACCUCCCGUCCUUCAACAGUCAGGAAAUGUUCAAUGUCACCCUCAAGGGGAAACUGUCAUUUGACUGGUAUAUCAAGACUUCUCAUGACCACCUCCUGCUUGUGACAAUUGCCGAGAUUACGUUUAACGACUCCAUGUUUGCCCUGCUUCCAGGGCAGGGGAUGUUUGUGAAGUCCCAGACGGAGACCAAAGUGGAGCCAUAUAAAGUUCACAACCCUGUACCACUCAUUGUGGGCAGCUCUGUUGGGGGGCUGGUGCUCUUGGCUGUCAUCACUGCUGGCUUGUACAAGCUUGGCUUCUUCAAGCGGCAAUACAAAGACAUGAUGAGUGAAGCUGCUCCCCAAGAAGCCCCACCUCAGUAAUGGCCCUUGCUCCAUGGAGUGAUCUCUGCAACACCCAGGCCCUGAGGCUGAUGGACAGACAUGUCCUCUAGGAGGACUAUUGCAGUGGCGUUCUGUACAGGAAUGGCUUGGUGUGUGUGUGUGUGUGUGUGUGUGUGUGUGUGUGUGUGUGUGUGUGGAGAGAGAGAGAGAGAGAGAGAGAGAGAGAGAGAGAGAGAGAGAGAGAGAGAGAGAGAUGUGUCUCAGACAUUUCUUGGAUGUGGGUAAUGCCUUCUUGGAGGGAAAGGAAUCUCUUGGGUUUUCUACUGUGUGAGGGCAGAAGCUUCUCUGGACAAGAUGAUGAGAUCCUUGUGGGUAAGCAUAGUGAAAUUCUGUGGCUGCCCUCUUUGAAGGAAGUAAUAUUUACCUGCAUGGAUGAGCUGCAGACUUGCAAGAGUCCAGGUACUGAGAGACUGUAAGAGAAGCGGGCCAUGGAACAGAGAAUGGGUGACCCAACAAAAACGUCCAAUGAAGAAUGAGAAAUCUCCCAGGGAUUGGAGAGAUGACUCAGUGAUUGAGAGCACUUGCUCUUGCAGAGGACCUGGGCUCAAUUCCCAACCCCCAUAUAGCAGCUCCCAACUAUCUGUAAGUCCAUUCCCAGGAAAUCUGAGGAAUCUUCCACUACCUAGUCAUUUAUUAUUUUAAUAGUAAUUUAAAUGCUUGAAUUGGUUAACCUGUCUAAAAUCAAAAGAUGCUCAAGAUUAUAUGGUGAGAGGCUAGGCAUGUAGCUUGUGGCAGAGUACUCGCCUGGCAUAAGGCUUCAAGCUCAGCUUGCAAUACUGAAAACCAAGGCAAAGUUUAACCAACCUAAGAAGUGUUCUUUAGGGGUAUUCCAGGCCAUAUGGGUAGAACCUACUUCAGAAAUAUUGUAGGAAUCUAUAUACAUACACAUACACGCACGCACGCAUGCAUACACACACAGUUUUAAACAAACGGUAACAUAAUUUUUUUACUAUUAUACAUCUUGUCUUUUUAUUAUGCUCAAAUAUGAUAUUAAAUACUGUAGCUGCAGACUA